ACUCAUAGAUUUGGGGACAUACCUAUUCUGUGUGUGUGAUUGAUAAGAUUCAUAACAUAACCUAUCUUGCGCAAUUUAAAAAAAUAGCUUUUCAAGGAAUAUGGAGGCGAAUAUUCGAACGUUCAAAGAUUUUUUGCAACUCUACAACUUAUUAUCCCACACGUGUUUUAAAAGGUGCAUUGAUAACCUAAAUACUCGAAAUUUGGACGACAACGAAAUAAAAUGCGUGGAAGAUUGCGCCGAAAAAUUUAUCAGGUUAAAUCACAGAUUUAUGGCGAUCUAUGUUGAGCACCAACAGGUGUUAGUUAACAGACGUAUGAAGGAGGCUGAAGCGGCCGCCGCUGCUGCUGCAGUUGAUAGUACAAACGAUGCAAGCAGUACAAAUGCAUUAGAGACAAGCGAGAGCGAACAUUUACCUCAAUCAAGUGUUGCUGUGGGAUAGUUUUAGUCAAGUGUUUUUUAGUUAUACUACGAGUCUUAUUCUUACUUCAAGAUCAAAUGUACUAGGUUGGUCAGAGCUGUGAACAGAAUAGAUAGAGCAUUUUAUGAAAAUAAUUAAUUUUUAAUUUUGUUUCGAAGCCUUACGAAUUUUUGAAAUGAGUGGUUACUACAUUUAGACCCAUAUCUGUUAUGUAUAUGUUUAAAUUAAACCUGAUUAUUUCCCAUUAAAUAUACAUACAUGA